AUGGAGGCCCAUCCGGGUUAUUUUUGGCUAAUACAGUGGCCUCUAAACCAUGUAAAUGCUUCUGAUUUUGACGGUGAAGAAGUUUCUCUUACGACGCUUCAUCACAAUGGAAACUUGGGAAAUUUGGAGAUGGGGAAGAUUUCACGCAGAGUUUGCUUGGUGCGUUACCCUGAACCUGAAGAAUUGGAGAAAGAGAAACCAUGUUUUGGGAGUCUUCUUACUCCUGGCAGUAGGAAAUCUGCAGGUUCUUCUCGGAAGAGCAUGUCUCGGUUGAGUAGCUUAUCGAAGAAGUGUAGCAGCCAAGGGUCAGCAUUGUCUCUGGGCGUCGAGCCGACGCCCAAACACAAGCAAAAGAGGAGGGACGAAAGCAGCUUGGGCCACUCAAACGUGUCGGCCAAGUCCUCCAGGGCUCGUGGGACAGGAAGAGGAAGCAGCACAACCUUGGUGGAGAAAUCCAAGAAGAAGAAGGUUAGGAGGAUUGAGGAGCAGUAA